AUGCUUGACCAAGUCGAGCCGCCAGACACCUUCAAGCCGUCCGAGGUUGCCUUGCAGUUGACGGACAAGGAGCUGGCAGCCCUAGGCUACGAGAAAUGGGAAGAGGCGCUGCCUGGUGUAUAUGAAUUGGCAUUCGAGUCACGCGAGCUGGGAGACUGCGAGAUCCUCAGGAAGGGCGUGGUGAUUGGAGACGAUGUGACGCUGGCGGACAUUGACGGGCCUAUCCGGAUCAGGCGGGUGGUGAUGUGA